GCCACAAACAAAAUCCUCUCUCAAAAAUUCCAUAAACCUAUAAUCUUGUUUCCCCUUUAUAUCGGCUUUGAAGCCGGCCAUGACGAGGAAGAAAGUGAAGCUAGCCUUUAUCAGUAAUGAUGCUACAAGAAAGGCAACAUACAAGAAGAGAAAGAAGGGCCUGAUGAAGAAGGUGGAGGAGCUCACCACCCUAUGCGGCAUCGAUGCCUGUGCCAUCAUCUACAGUCCUUAUGACGAGCAGCCUGAUGUCUGGCCUGACAUCGCUGGCGUGGAACGGGUGGUGGAAAAAUUCAAAAGCAUGCCCGAGAUGCAGCAGAGCAGGAAGAUGCUGAAUCAGGAGAGUUUCACGAGGCAACGUAUUGCCAAAACUAAUGAGCAGCUGAAGAAGCAACUCAAGGAAAACCGAGAGAAGGAGAUGACUGAGGUGAUGUCCCAAUGCUUGACAGGCCAGCUAGGAUUGCACAAUUUAAUGUUGCCUGAUUUGAAUGAUCUGGGGUUUUUGGUGGACCAAAAACUGCAAGAGAUUAAUAAGAAGAUGAAUGAGAUGGCUCUCCAAGAAGCGACACAGCAGCAGCAAGUGGUGACCCCAGAAGAAGCUCCUCAGGAACAGCAAGUGGUGCCAACAACUGUUUCUGACAACGUUGGAGUUUUGGCCGGGGGAGUGGUCGAGGAACAAAGAUUGGAUGCUGGUGGCAACACUGAUGUCGAUGCCUAUGGAUUGGUGCCACAAUGGUUCAAUAAUGAUGCCGUGGUUAGCGACAAUGUGACGGCUGACUAUCAGGAUUUAGGGUUUAUGACCCCCUUCGGAGAUGAGAACAAUCCAGUAGCGUGGGCUAAUUUCUUUUGAACAAGAAUAUCAGAUGGAGUUUUUCUAUUCAGUCAUUUGUUUAAUUGUGAACCGUUUUUUAUUUUCUUUCAUUGCAAAAGACAUUGUAACAGACACAAGAGAUAGACUAAAGAAAAUUGUCAUCUCUGUGACACCUGUGGGUUGGUAUUCAUUUUAGCCAACCAUUAAUAAAUCAGUUUUUUACUA